GGGCCGGCAGGCGGCGCGCGUGCGUACUCGCGUGCGUUCCCGCUAGUCUGUUGGCGUGAGUGGUCUCCGCGCGGCGGCGUCGCGGGGCUGGUCGAGCCGCCCUGCGGGUAGGAAGAGGCGAGGGGUGCAGUCUUUGAAAAAUAAACACAAAAAUGGCUUCAAAAAGAGCUUUGGUCAUCCUGGCCAAAGGAGCAGAGGAGAUGGAAACAGUCAUCCCUGUGGAUGUCAUGAGACGAGCUGGGAUUAAAGUCACCGUGGCAGGUUUGGCUGGGAAAGAGCCUGUACAGUGUAGCCGUGAUGUAGUCAUCUGUCCUGAUACCAGUCUUGAAGAUGCAAGAAAACAGGGACCAUAUGACGUGGUGGUUCUACCAGGAGGAAACUUGGGUGCACAGAAUUUAUCUGAGUCGGCUGCUGUGAAGGAGAUCCUGAAGGAGCAGGAGAGCAGGAAGGGCCUCAUAGCUGCCAUCUGUGCCGGUCCUACGGCGCUGUUGGCUCAUGAAAUAGGCUUUGGAAGCAAAGUUACCACACACCCGCUUGCUAAAGACAAAAUGAUGAAUGGAAGUCACUACAGCUACUCGGAGAGCCGUGUGGAGAGGGACGGCCUGAUCCUCACCAGCCGCGGGCCCGGAACCAGCUUCGAGUUUGCAUUGGCCAUUGUGGAGGCGCUCAAUGGCAAGGAGGUGGCCGACCAAGUAAAGGCGCCGCUUGUUCUUAAAGACUAGGUCUAGGCCGUGGACUCUGAGGUGGAGGUAGGCCAUUAUUGUGUAGUCCUUCACUUGGCCUGGUGCAUGCUCAGAGCCAGCCACCUUCAUGAAGUACCUCGUAGUGAAGUAGCUGCCACAUGGGAGACUCAUCCUGUAGUGUCUGUACGUCUCUGAACCCUGUUGGCAGAAUAAACAGGACAUUUAGCAAGCUC